AUGCGCCGUUAUUCUGCCACCGCCGGACCGCCCUUGUCGGAUCCAUGUGCGUGUGUGUCAAUGGGAACGGUGGCAAACAAGUUGAAUGAAGGGCAAAAAUCUGAAGCAAAAUCUCAGCUACCUUCGAGCCCGAGCACAUCAGUAUACUCCAUCACCUCCACCACAAUGGCCGCAGCUUAUGAUUCCGAUCAACCUCUUUCCGGGGAUUCCGUCGUCGCCGGAUACGACCCGAGCUACGUGCCGGACUCCGUCAAGUCGUUCGUUGUCCACAUGUACCGCCACAUUCGAGAGAAGAACGUGUACGAGAUUCACCAGAUGUACGAGUCGUCGUUUCAGAGCAUCAGCGACAGGUUCUUCAAGGACUCCCCGUGGCCCUCCGUGGACUCCGUCGCGCCGUACGUUGAUAACGACCACGUCUUCUGCUUGCUGUACCGCGAGAUGUGGUUCCGCCACUUGUACGCCAGGCUCACGCCGACUCUCAGGCAGCGAAUUGAUUCAUGGGAAAAUUAUUGUAAUCUGUUCCAGGUUGUGCUGCAUGGAGUGGUGAAUAUGCAGCUGCCAAAUCAGUGGUUGUGGGACAUGGUUGAUGAAUUUGUUUACCAGUUUCAGUCAUUCUGCCAAUAUCGUGCUAAGAUGAAAACCAAGACAGAGCAGGAAAUUGCACUUUUGAGGCAAUCUGAUCAGGCUUGGAAUGUGUAUGGUGUCCUCAAUUACCUACAAGCACUUGUGGAGAAAUCCACGAUAAUUCAAAUUCUAGAUCAGGAGAAAGAAGGCCUUGAACACGAACAGUUCACGGCUACAGAUGGAUAUGAUUACAGUGGUGGGAGUAAUGUCUUGAAGGUCUUGGGGUACUUCAGCAUGAUCGGCCUUCUUAGAGUUCACUGUUUGUUGGGUGAUUAUCACACAGGCCUCAAAUGUUUACUUCCUAUUGAUAUUAGUCAACAAGGCGUGUACACCAGUGUUAUUGGUAGCCACAUUUCAACUAUAUAUCACUAUGGGUUUGCAAAUCUUAUGCUGCGAAGAUAUACUGAAGCCAUUCAGACAUUCAAUAAAAUCCUCAUCUACAUCUUCAAGACCAAGCAAUACCACCAGAAAUCCCCUCAAUAUGAGCAGAUACUGAAGAAGAAUGAGCAGAUGUAUGCUUUGCUUGCUAUUUCUCUUUCUCUGUGUCCUAAGGUGCAGCUCGUCGAGGAGACUGUGAACUCCCAAUUACGGGAAAAAUACGGUGAGAAAAUGAUGAGGAUGCAGAGGUAUGAUGACGAGGCAGUUGUGCUGUAUGACGAGCUCUUCUCCUAUGCGUGCCCAAAAUUCAUCACCCCAUCAGCUCCAAGUUAUGAAGAGCCUCUUGUAAACUACAACCAGGAUGCCUACAGACUGCAGUUGAAGCUGUUUAUUUACGAAUUGAAGCAGCAGCAACUGCUCUCUGGUGUUCGGACAUUCUUAAAAGUGUACUCGACAAUCUCCAUUCCAAAGCUUGCUGCAUAUCUGGAAGUGGAUGAGCCUACUCUAAGGACAAUUUUGAUGACGUAUAAACACAAGACGCAUGUUGUGGAUUCGGAUGGGAAAAUCACUUCAAAUGCAGAUAUCGAUUUUUAUAUUGUUGAUCUCGAAGGGAUAAUGACGAACAUCGACCAGGUAAAACUAGAGCUAAGCGCUCAACUCCGACACAUUGAAGGAAUCUCGACCGCCGAUAUGGACUCAAACCACCCGAACUCCGCCGCUCCGACAUCGGUCUCCGCCGGAGCUCGGAUCUCAGUGUUCGAUCAUGUUGCUCGGGCGCCGGAAGAUCCCAUACUCGGCGUCACUGUUGCUUAUAACAAAGACCAAAGCCCAGUGAAGUUGAAUUUGGGAGUUGGUGCAUACCGAACGGAGGAAGGAAAGCCUCUCGUUUUGAAUGUUGUGAGAAAAGCAGAGCAGAUUAUAGUGAAUGACAGCUCUCGUGUGAAGGAGUAUCUUCCAAUUGUUGGAUUGGCAGAUUUCAACAAGUUGAGUGCAAAACUCAUACUCGGUACUGACAGGGUGACCACCGUCCAGUGCUUGUCUGGUACAGGCUCUUUAAGAGUUGGAGCAUACCAUCUAUAUCCCGCAGACCACAUAAAAGUCUUUGAUUUGGCAGGAUUGUCAGUAAAGACUUACCGCUAUUACAGUCCAGCUACACGUGGACUAGAUUUUGAAGGCUUGUUGGAGGACCUUGGAUCUGCUCCAGAAGGAGCAGUUGUGCUUCUUCAUGCAUGUGCUCAUAACCCGACUGGUGUUGACCCAACCCCUCAACAGUGGGAGCAGAUAAGACGGCUUAUGAGAUCAAAGGCAUUGUUACCUUUCUUUGAUAGUGCUUAUCAGGGUUUUGCUAGUGGAAGCCUGGAUGCAGAUGCACAAUCAGUUCGGAUGUUUGUAAAUGACGGAGGUGAAUGCCUUAUCGCUCAAAGUUAUGCUAAAAAUUUGGGGCUUUAUGGGGAGCGAGUUGGCGCUCUGAGCAUUGUUUGCAGGACUGCUGAUGUGGCAAGCAGGGUAGAGAGUCAGCUGAAAUUAGUUAUCCGCCCCAUGUACUCAAACCCUCCCAUUCACGGGGCAUCAAUUGUAGCAACGAUCCUGAAGGACAGAGCAAUGUUUGAAGAAUGGACAAUCGAGCUGAAGGCUAUGGCUGACCGUAUCAUCAGCAUGCGCCAGCAACUGUUUGAUGCUUUAUGUGAGCGAGGUACACCUGGUGACUGGAGCCACAUCAUCAAGCAGAUUGGCAUGUUCACCUUCACUGGACUUAACUCGGAGCAAGUGGCCUUCAUGACUCGGGAAUACCACAUUUACAUGACCUCUGAUGGGCGAAUAAGCAUGGCUGGUCUGAGUUCGAGAACAGUGCCACAUCUAGCGGAUGCCAUACAUGCUGCCGUGACAAAAUCAGCCUGAAUUAAAUCUGAUUUCACAUCAUCUUCUUCCUCUUUUUCUCCACUGGUUUUUGUAAUAGUGUACUUCUUGAAGGUGACGUGAUGUACGAAUAAAUGUUGGACCAAUUUACGGCUUUACCCUUCAUGUCGAGCGAAAUUAUGUACUUGCGUUUUUAGUCUAUCCUGCACUUGUUUAGAGCGCCAUUUUUU